AUGGGUCUGGUGACCGUUGCCAAGUCAGCCCCUCCUCCUGCCCACCCCUGCCUUGUGGUUCCCAGGGCUCGAGCUGGCAGGGACAGCUGCAACCCCAACAGCUGGGGCCGGGGCGGGGGUGGGGGGGUCGUGGGAACUGUGGAUGGGGGUGCUCCCGGUACUCAAAGAGACGCCCCCAGCCUGGCGCAGCUGUUGCCUGAGGGAGGAAAGGAGGGAGUCUCACUCUGGGCUGGGGUUCCUGGGUGCCUGCCUGACCCCCCUACCUUCCUUCACCCCCACCCAGCCCCCCCUUGCCUGGAUGGAAGUCCGUGUGCCAAUGGAGGUCGCUGCACCCAGUUGCCCUCCCGGGAGGCUGCCUGCCUGUGCCCACCGGGCUGGGUGGGUGAACGGUGCCAGCUGGAAGACCCCUGCCAUUCGGGCCCCUGUGCUGGCCGUGGCGUCUGCCAGAGCUCGGUGGUGGCGGGCACUGCCAGGUUCUCCUGCCGCUGCCCCCGAGGCUUCCGAGGCCCAGACUGCUCCCUGCCGGACCCCUGCCUCAGCAGCCCCUGUGCCCAUGGUGCCCGCUGCUCGGUGAGCCCCGAAGGCCGCUACGUCUGCUCCUGCCCACCUGGCUACCAGGGCCGCAGCUGCCGAAGCGACGUGGACGAGUGCCGAGUGGGCGGGCCCUGCCGUCACGGUGGCACCUGCCUCAACACGCCUGGCUCCUUCCGCUGCCAGUGCCCAGCUGGCUACACAGGGCCACUGUGUGACAACCCUGCCGCGCCCUGUGCUCCCUCACCAUGCCGGAACGGGGGCACCUGUAGGCAGAGUGGCGACCUCACCUAUGACUGUGCCUGCCUUCCUGGGUUCGAGGGCCAGAACUGUGAGGUGAAUGUGGAUGACUGUCCGGGGCACCGAUGCCUAAAUGGGGGGACAUGUGUGGACGGUGUCAACACCUACAACUGCCAGUGCCCUCCCGAGUGGACAGGCCAGUUCUGCACAGAGGACGUGGAUGAGUGUCAGCUGCAGCCCAAUGCUUGCCACAACGGGGGCACCUGCUUCAACACGCUGGGUGGCCACAGCUGCGUGUGCGUCAACGGCUGGACAGGCGAGAGCUGCAGUCAGAAUAUUGAUGACUGUGCCACGGCCGUCUGCUUCCACGGGGCCACCUGCCAUGACCGCGUGGCCUCCUUCUACUGUGCCUGCCCCAUGGGCAAAACUGGGCUUCUGUGUCAUCUGGAUGACGCCUGCGUCAGCAACCCCUGUCACGAGGAUGCUAUAUGCGACACGAACCCGGUGAAUGGCAGGGCCAUCUGCACCUGUCCACCUGGUUUCACAGGCGGGGCGUGUGACCAGGAUGUGGAUGAAUGUUCCAUCGGAGCCAACCCAUGUGAGCACCUAGGCCGGUGCGUGAACACACAGGGCUCCUUCCUGUGCCAGUGUGGCCGUGGCUACACUGGUCCGCGUUGUGAGACCGACGUCAAUGAGUGCCUCUCUGGGCCCUGCCGCAAUCAAGCCACGUGCCUCGACCGUAUAGGCCAAUUCACCUGUAUCUGCAUGGCAGGCUUCACAGGCACCUAUUGUGAGGUGGACAUGGACGAGUGUCAAAGCAGCCCAUGUGUCAAUGGCGGGGUCUGCAAGGACAGAGUCAAUGGCUUCAGCUGCACCUGCCCCUCGGGCUUCAGCGGGGCUAUGUGUCAGCUGGAUGUGGACGAGUGCGCCAGCACACCCUGCCGGAACGGAGCCAAGUGCGUUGACCAGCCUGAUGGCUACGAGUGCCGCUGCGCAGAGGGCUUCGAGGGCACAGUGUGUGAGCGCAACGUGGAUGACUGCUCGCCAGACCCAUGCCACCACGGACGCUGUGUGGAUGGCAUCGCCAGCUUCUCGUGCGCCUGUGCCCCGGGCUACACCGGCACUCGCUGUGAGAGCCAGGUGGACGAGUGCCGAAGCCAACCCUGCCGCCAUGGGGGCAAAUGUCUAGACCUGGUGGACAAAUACCUCUGCCGCUGCCCUCCCGGCACCACAGGUGUGAACUGUGAGGUGAAUAUCGAUGAUUGUGCUAGCAACCCCUGCACCUUUGGAGUCUGUCGGGACGGCAUCAACCGCUAUGACUGUGUCUGCCAGCCUGGCUUCACAGGGCCUCUCUGCAAUGUGGAGAUCAACGAGUGUGCGUCCAGCCCGUGCGGAGAGGGAGGCUCCUGCGUGGAUGGGGAAAACGGCUUCCGCUGCCUCUGCCCACCUGGCUCCCUGCCCCCACUGUGCCUCCCCCCAAGCCAUCCCUGUGCCCAAGAACCCUGCAGUCAUGGCGUCUGCCAUGAUGCGCCCGGAGGGUUCCGCUGUGUGUGUGAGCCUGGCUGGAGUGGCCCUCAGUGCAGUCAGAGCCUCGCUCGAGAUGCCUGUGAAUCCCAUCCCUGCGGGGCAGGCGGCACUUGUACCAGCGACGGAACGGGUUUCCACUGCACCUGUCCCCCUGGUGUCCAGGGCCGUCAGUGUGAGCUGCUGUCCCCCUGCACCCCAAACCCCUGUGAGCAUGGGGGCUACUGCGAUUCCGGCCCGGGCCAGCUGGCUGUCUGUUCCUGCCCCACUGGUUGGCAAGGCCCACGAUGUCAGGAUGAUGUGGAUGAGUGUGCCAGCCCCUCACCCUGUGGUCCCCAUGGUACCUGCACCAACCUGGCAGGGAGUUUCAGCUGUACCUGCCAAGAGGGCUACAGUGGCCCUUCCUGUGAUCAGGACAUCGAUGAUUGUGACCCCAACCCCUGCCUGAAUGGCGGCUCAUGUCAGGACGGAGUGGGCUCCUUUUCCUGCUCCUGCCUCCCUGGCUUUGUUGGUCCCCGCUGUGCCCGGGACGUGGAUGAGUGUCUGAGCAGCCCCUGCGGCCCAGGCUCUUGCACAGACCACGUGGCCUCCUUCACCUGCACCUGCCCGCCGGGUUAUGGAGGCUUCCACUGCGAGCAGGACCUGCCCGACUGCAGCCCCAGCUCCUGUUUCAAUGGCGGGACCUGCGUGGAUGGUGUGAAUUCGUUCAGCUGCCUGUGCCGCGCCGGCUACACCGGCGCACACUGCCAGCAUGAGGCCGACCCUUGCCUCUCGCGGCCCUGCCUGCACGGGGGCGUCUGCACUGCUGCUCAGCCGGGCUUCCGCUGUGCCUGCCCAGAGGGCUUCACGGGCACUCAGUGCCAGACGCUGGUAGAUUGGUGCAGCCGUGCGCCCUGUCAGAAUGGAGGUCGCUGUGCCAGAACUGGGGCCUCUUUUUACUGCCUGUGUCCCCCGGGAUGGAGCGGCCGCCUCUGUGACAUCCAGAGCCUGCCCUGCAGGGAGGCCGCAGCCCAAAUCGGGGUGCCGCUGGAGCAGCUGUGUCAGGCUGGUGGGCAGUGUGUGGACAAAGACAGCUCCCAUUACUGUGUGUGCCCAGAGAGCCACACGGGCAGCCACUGUGAGCAGGAGGUAGAUUCCUGCUUGGCCCAGCCCUGCCAGCAUGGGGGCACCUGCCGAGGCUACACGGGGGGUUAUGUGUGCGAGUGCCCGGCUGGCUACACUGGUGACAACUGUGAGGAUGAUGUGGACGAGUGUGCCUCCCAGCCCUGCCAACACGGGGGCUUCUGCAUUGACCUCGUGGCCCGCUAUCUCUGCUCCUGCCCCCCAGGAACGCUGGGCGUGCUCUGCGAGAUUAAUGAGGAUGACUGUGGCCCAGGCCCGCCCCUGGACCCAGGCCCCCGGUGCCUGCACAAUGGUACCUGUGUGGACCUGGUGGGUGGCUUCCGCUGCACCUGCCCCCCUGGAUACACUGGCCUGCGCUGUGAGGCGGACAUCAAUGAAUGUCGCCCAGGCGUCUGCCAUGCAGCGCAUACCCGGGAUUGCUUGCAGGACCCAGGUGGGGGCUUCCGCUGCCUUUGUCUUGCCGGCUUCACAGGCCCCCGCUGUCAGACUGUCUUGUCUCCCUGUGAGUCUCAGCCUUGCCAGCAUGGAGGCCAGUGCCGGCCGACCCCGGGCCCUGGGAGUGCGCUGACCUUCUCCUGCCACUGUGUCCCGCCGUUCUGGGGCCCCAGUUGCGAGCGGGUGGCGCGCUCCUGUCGGGAGUUGCAGUGCCCCGUAGGCGUCCCGUGCCAGCAGACGGUCCGUGGGCCGCGCUGCGCCUGCCCCCCGGGGCUGUCGGGUCUCGCCUGCCGGGGCUCCCGGGGGUCGCCACCUGCGGCCGCCAACGCCAGCUGCGUGACCUCCCCGUGCGGCUGGGACGGCGGCGACUGCUCGCUGAGCGUGGGCGACCCCUGGCGGCAGUGCGCGGCGCUGCAGUGCUGGCUCCUCUUCAACAACAGCCGCUGCGACCCCGCCUGCAGCUCGCCCGCCUGCCUCUAUGACAACUUCGACUGCCGCGCCGGCGGCCGCGAGCGCACCUGCAACCCGGUGUACGAGAAGUACUGUGCGGACCACUUUGCCGAUGGCCGCUGCGACCAGGGCUGCAACACAGAGGAGUGCGGCUGGGAUGGACUGGACUGUGCGGGUGAGGUGCCAGCCCUGCUGGCCCGCGGCGUCCUGGUGCUCACUGUGCUGCUGCCACCCGAGGAGCUGCUGCGCUCUAGCGCCGACUUCCUGCAGCGGCUCAGUGGCAUCCUGCGCACCUCGCUGCGCUUCCGUCUGGACGAGCACGGCCAGGCCAUGGUCUUCCCUUACCACCGGCCUGGUCCUGGCUCCGAAUCCCGGAACCGGCGGGAGCUGGCCCCGGAGGUGAUCGGCUCGGUGGUGAUGCUGGAGAUUGACAACCGUCUGUGCCUGCAGUCACCGGAGAACGACCACUGUUUUCCUGAUGCCCAGAGUGCGGCCGACUACCUGGGAGCGCUGUCAGCGGUGGAGCGCCUUGACUUCCCGUACCCACUGCGGGCCGCGCGGGGUGAGGCCCAGCCCGGUGUGCCGCUGCUGCCCCUGCUGGCUGCCAGCGCCGUCUUCCUGCUGGUCAUCCUCGUCCUGGGCGUCAUGGUGGCCCGCCGCAAGCGGGAGCACAGCACCCUCUGGUUCCCCGAGGGCUUUGCGCUGCACAAGGACGCGGCUGCCGGCCACAAGGGCCGGCGGGAGCCUGUGGGCCAAGACGCGCUGGGCAUGAAGAACAUGGCCAAGGGUGAGAGUCUGAUGGGGGAGGUGGCCACAGACUGGAUGGACACAGAGUGCCCAGAGGCCAAGCGACUGAAGGUAGAGGAGCCCGGUGUGGGGGCUGAGGAUACCGUAGACUGCCGCCAGUGGACUCAACACCACCUGGUUGCCGCCGACAUCCGCGUGGCACCAGCCAUGGCGCUGACACCACCCCAGGGUGACGCCGAUGCUGAUGGCAUGGAUGUCAACGUGCGUGGCCCAGAUGGCUUCACCCCGCUAAUGCUGGCCUCCUUCUGCGGAGGGGCCCUGGAGCCAAUUCCAACCGAGGAGGACGAGGCAGAAGACACAUCAGCCAGCAUCAUCUCAGACCUGAUCUGCCAGGGGGCGCAGCUUGGGGCGCGGACGGACCGCACCGGUGAGACGGCCCUGCACCUGGCUGCCCGCUACGCCCGAGCCGAUGCGGCCAAGCGGCUGCUGGAUGCUGGGGCAGACACCAAUGCGCAGGACCACUCAGGCCGCACCCCCCUGCACACAGCCGUCACUGCCGAUGCCCAGGGCGUCUUCCAGAUUCUCAUCCGGAACCGCUCCACAGACCUGGAUGCCCGCAUGGCAGACGGCUCGACGGCACUGAUCCUGGCGGCCCGCCUGGCGGUGGAGGGCAUGGUGGAAGAGCUCAUUGCUAGCCAUGCUGAUGUCAAUGCUGUAGAUGAGCUCGGAAAAUCUGCCUUACACUGGGCUGCAGCUGUCAACAACGUGGAGGCCACCUUGGCGCUGCUCAAAAAUGGAGCUAAUAAGGACAUGCAGGAUAGCAAGGAGGAGACUCCGUUGUUCCUGGCCGCCCGGGAGGGCAGCUUCGAGGCUGCCAAGCUACUGCUGGACCACUUUGCCAACCGUGAGAUCACGGACCACCUGGACAGGCUGCCCCGGGAUGUGGCCCAGGAGCGGCUGCACCAGGACAUUGUUCGCUUGCUGGACCAGCCCAGUGGGCCCCUCACGCCCCCCGGCCCCACGGCCCUCGGGGCCCCCCUGGCCUCCGUCGGCCCCGACCCGGGGCCUUCCCGUGCCCGAGGCCCUCGAACGCUGCUCGCCGCUGGCGCCGGGACCCAGCUGCCUCGAACCCCGGGAACCCCCGUGUCCCCCCCAGGACGGCGGCCCCCACCGUACCUGGCGGCCCCCGGACACGGCGAGGAGUUCCCGGCGGCCGGGGCCCACGGCAGCCCCCCCAAGGCCCGCUUCCUGCGGGUCCCCAGCGAGCACCCUUACCUGACCCCAUCCCCCGAGUCCCCCGAGCACUGGGCCAGCCCCUCGCCUCCCUCACUCUCGGACUGGUCCGACUCCACGCCCAGCCCGGCCACUGCCAGCGGGGCCACGGCCACGGCUGCUGGGACACUGUCUGCCCAGCAGCUCCCCCUGUCGGUUCCUGGCCCCCUGGCUCAGGCCCAGACUCAGCUGGGGCCCCAGCCUGAAGUCACCCCCAAGAGGCAAGUGUUGGCCUGAGAGCCCCCCAGUUCCUGGAUUUAGGGAGGCUGAAGAGACAACCCGUCCUGACUCCUCUCUCUCCCCUUUUAGUCCAUUUCAUUCUCUCCAUUCCCCUCUGCUCCUCUACCCCACCCCGCCUUGCGGUGUGACCAAGAGGUCACCAGCCUAGGGCUUCAGUCUUCCUUUAUUUAUAAGGGAUGCAGGCUGACUCCCACCCUCUGGUCUUGUGAUGAGCCUGGGACAUCCUCCUGCCUCUCCUCUCUCCUCCCCCCCGCCCCCAAUUCUCCCUUCCCUCCUUUCUUGCCUCCUCUGGCCUCUCUCACUCUUCAUGCUCUGACACGAGUGGAUUAUUUUUAUUUUUUUUUUACAUUUUGUAUAGAAACAAAUUCAUUUAAACAAACUUAUUAUUAUUAUUUUUUACAAAAUAUAUAUAUGGAGAUGCUCCCUGCCCCCCUGCAAACCCCCCAGUGCCCCCGUGGGGCUGAGUCUGUGGGCCCAUUUGGCCAAGCUGGAUUCUGUGUACCAAGUACACAGGCAUGACCGGGAUCCUGUGUACCGAGUACACGACCCUGGUGUGUACCAAGUAGGCACCCUUGGGCGCACCCUCUGGGGCUAGGGGUUGGGUGAGAUUUGGGAGCCUCCUCGCCACCCCACCUCCCUCACUUCACUGCAUUCCAGAUGGAACUCUAUAGCUUUGCUGGGGAAGUGCCCUUCUGGCCCAGAGAGCCUGCCCCCAGACGCCCCCAUCCUAGACUUUAGAAACUGGGAGGUGGGGUGGCCAGGGGGAAUAUAAGGACCAGGGGAGAUGUGUGCAUUUCGCUUUGUCUCCCUGUAAAUAUGGAAACGCAGGAAGGGAAGGAGCUGCCUGGAUGGCACCCCCACCUCCUAGUACUCCCCUGGCCCAGCCCCAUGGCAGAAUAGAAGUAUUUGUAGGCUAUUUUUGUAAUAUGGCUUCUGGUCACAAUCCCUGUGUAGCUAAAUUCCCAGACCUUGCAUUGUACAGCUCCCUCUCCCCUCACCACCUAAUAAAGGAAUAGUUAACACUCAAUGUCAUUGUUCUGUGUCUAGGUAAGACAAGGGUGGUAGUGGUAGCGUUUCUGUCUUUUCAGGGCUAACUUGAACUCCUGUCUUGCCAUCAGCCCAUUUGGCUUGCCUGCCCGCCCACUCUUGCUUCCUCUUUUGGCAGACGACUCCACUGAUUGGACCAGAGGUGGUCACUUAACUUAAAUUGAGCCAAUCGGAUGCUCUUGCUUGAGAACUUUUUUUUUUUUCAAAUGGAGAUGCUAAGAAAGUUACCGGUUGGUGGCUUCUAAGCCCAGGGCAGAUGGAGAAAUAUUGAUGGCCAGUUUGGGGUGGUGGGUACCAAUAAGAAAACAAAGCAGAGGAGUGGAGCUAUGCAGGGGGAAUCAGAGGUGAGCACUUAAAUGGCUCCAGAGUGUCGGAGGGAGUUUCUCAGUUCUAGAUAGAGUCUCAGUUCCAGUUAACUGACCAUUUAUUCCAUUGACAUCAAUGGGUUUUUAUUGACUUCUAAGUGCCCAAUGCUGGUUCUGCGUGGAUCUCACCUCUACUUCAUGCUCCCUUGGGUUCUGGAGACAAUGCUGUACUCGUAUAAUAAAUACUCCUUUGCACAUACCAGCUUGAACGGGUUUCUAUGUCUUGCAAAUAAUUGUGCCCAAAGACAAGGUUGCGUUUAUGGUGGGGUCCUCCAGGAAAGGAGGAUGGAAUGUAAUAUUCAGUGGUUCCCCCUUCAGCUGGAGCACUCUUGGUUGCAAAAAUCUACCCAGCAAACAAACAAAAAACCCAAUUUAUUAAUUCAUGUAACUAAAAAGGAUCAGUUUCAGGGGAGAUUUGAUCUAGUGGCUCAAAUGAGAUCAACAAGAGCUGAGUUCCUCUUCACCUCUACAGACUUCUCUCUGGGCAUCAGUUUCAUCCUCAUGCUCCGUGUGGUACCAAACCCAACUUCUCUUCCCACUCACAGCUCCAGCCCUCCCUCUUGGUUAGCCAAAUAGAUGCAAAGAUUAUAGACCAUACUACACGUUCCAGAGAAUUGAGAAGAUUCUAGUCUGGGGGUUGAUUUUGUAAUGAUUUCAACUGAGUCACUCAUUCAUCCUCUAACCUAGCAUUUCUUAAUGUUGGCACUAUGGACAUUUGGGGCCAGAUCCUUCUUUGCUGUGGGAGGCUGUCCUGUGUAUCGCAGGAUGUUUAACAGCAUCCCUGACCUUCACCCGCUAGAUACCAGCAGUACCGCCUCCUCCACUGUGACAACCCAAAGUGCCUCUAGACACUGUCAAUUGCCACGCAAUGCAAACUUGCUUUCGAGCAUUACUGUGCUAACCAGUCACUAUGGCGAUCAGAUACAGGAUGUGCUGACUUCCUAUAGCAAUCAGUCUCUGCUCUGGAACUGAGGGUGGGGUAAAUUGAAAGGCAAUCAGGUUUGCAGAAGCAGGAAUUCUGUGUAAACAACCAAUAAAUGUUCACUCCACCUCCUCUC